AAAUACAACUUGGGUUAUGUCAGGUUAUGUUGUGUCAGGUUAGGGUGCAACAGAUGAUUCUUUAGAGAUGAAUUUGCAAAAUUCUGGAAAAUAUAGAAAGGAAAAGCCCGAGAGGCAAGGGCAAGAAUUAAAAGAAAAUGUUCAAAAACCUGGGUUUAGGGAGGAAAGUUCAGAAUACAGAGUUAAGCAAGUUAUUGAAAACGACAAUAUCGAUAACAAAUAUGGAUUUAAACGCAUUAAAGAACCAUGUGAAAGGACAGGGUUUCUACUUAAUAUGCAUGCUUCGGAAAUGUUAGAUGAAGAUAAACAUCUUAUUGCAACUGUUGAUUAUUAUUUCAUGGAGGAAGAUGGUUCUAGGUUUAAGGUAUCAUAUCCUUUUCAACCUUAUUUUUACAUUCUGGUGCCAAAGCCUGUUAUUGAGGAGGUAUCUCAGUUUUUAAUGAAAAAGUACUCUGGAACUAUUUCUAAAAUUGAAGUCAGUUUAAAAGAAGAUUUGGAUUUGCCCAAUCACUUGAUAGGAUUAAAACAACAAUACUUAAAAUUAUCAUUUUCAAAUCAAUCAGAUAUGAUAAAAGUUCGAAGAGAAAUUUUAUCAGUUGUAAGAAAAAAUCGAAAAAAGGAUCCCGGAAGUGAAUUUUACACAGAAUUAUUAGCGAACGCGUUGGGAGCUCAAGAUGAAGAUGUGCACACAAAAAAUUCUACGAACCGUUUAGAAUGCAUACUGGAUAUUAGGGAAUACGACGUUCCUUACCACAUUCGGGUAUCAAUAGAUUUAAAAAUAUUUUGUGGGUCAUGGUAUACAAUAAAAAUAAAAGGUCAAUUUAUCGAACCGGCAAUAACACUCCGUCCGGAUUUAAUUGAACGCCCUGAACCAAUCGUUUUAGCUUUCGAUAUAGAAACCACAAAGCUUCCAUUAAAAUUCCCCGAUUCAAACACCGAUCAAAUCAUGAUGAUUUCUUACAUGAUCGAUGGUCAAGGAUAUUUAAUAACGAACAGAGAAAUUGUUUCGCAUGAUAUCGACGACUUUGAAUUUACACCCCGACCGGAAUUUGAGGGCAAAUUUACAAUUUUCAACGAAGAUAACGAAGUUAAGCUUCUACAAAAAUUUUUCGAUCACAUUUUGGACGUACGGCCGCACAUUUUUGUUACUUAUAACGGCGAUUUUUUCGAUUGGCCCUUUGUUGAGAAUAGAGCUGCCGUUUAUAAUAUGGAUAUGAAGCAAGAAAUUGGAUUUUUUAAGGAUAGGGAAGGGGUGUAUACGAGUCGACCUGCGAUGCAUAUGGAUUGUUUUUGUUGGGUGAAAAGAGAUUCAUAUUUACCGGUUGGAUCACACGGUUUAAAAGCUGUUUGUAAAGCUAAAUUAAGAUAUAAUCCUGUAGAGUUAGAUCCUGAAGAGAUGUGCCCAUUAGCCGCUUCAAAUCCACAAAUUUUAGCAAGUUAUUCAGUCUCUGAUGCUGUGGCUACUUAUUAUUUGUACAUGCAAUAUGUUCACCCAUUCAUUUUUGCGUUAUGUACGAUUAUUCCAUGUGAACCUGAUGAAGUCUUGCGUAAAGGAUCUGGAACUUUAUGUGAAUCAUUAUUAAUGGUACAAGCAUUCCAAGGUAAUAUAAUUUUCCCAAACAAAGAAGAGAGCGUUUUUAAUAAAUUAACCGACGAUGGACACGUUUUAAUACAAGAAACUUACGUUGGUGGACACGUUGAAGCGUUAGAAUCGGGUGUAUUUCGCGCGGAUAUUCCGUGUCGAUUUCGCAUGGUUCCUGAUGCCAUUGACAAACUCAUUUCUGAACUUCCAAGGACGUUAAAACAUACCAUAGAAGUUGAGGAAGGAGUACCAAUAGAUCAAGUUACUAACAUUGCUGAAGUUGAAAGCGAAAUAACUCAAAAAUUAACCGCAUUGAAAGAACAUCCUAUGAGAUUGGAGAGACCACUAAUUUAUCAUUUAGAUGUUGGUGCUAUGUAUCCAAACAUCAUUUUAACCAAUCGUUUGCAGCCAUGUGCUAUGGUUGAUGAAACUAUGUGUGCUGCUUGUGAUUUUAAUAAACCUAAUGCUUCAUGUCAAAGAAACAUGGCUUGGAUGUGGAGAGGAGAACAUAUGCCUGCUUCACGAAGUGAAUAUCAUAGAAUUCAACAACAAUUAGAGACGGAAAAGUUUCCACCACAAUUUCCAGGAGAACCACAAAGAGCUUUUCAUCAGCUACCUAAAAAAGAGCAAUCGGAGCACGAAAAGAAACGUUUGCAAUUGUACUGUAGGAAAGCGUAUAAAAAAAUUAAAAUAACUAGGGUUGAAGAGAAAGUUACCACAAUAUGUCAAAAAGAAAAUUCUUUUUAUGUUGAUACAGUUAGAGCUUUCAGAGAUAGAAGAUAUGAAUAUAAAGGCUUAUCGAAAAAAGCUAAACAAGAUGUUACGAAAGCUAUUAAAACUGGGGACGCAUCUGAAAUAAAAUACGCAAAAAAUCGAGAAGUUUUGUACGAUUCAUUACAAUUGGCUCAUAAAUGCAUUUUAAAUUCAUUUUAUGGAUACGUAAUGAGAAAAGGCGCACGAUGGCACAGUAUGGAAAUGGCAGGAAUUGUAUGUUAUACCGGAGCUCAUAUUAUAAUGAGAGCCAGAGAAAUAAUCGAACAAAUCGGACGUCCCUUAGAAUUGGACACUGAUGGGAUUUGGUGCAUUCUUCCAGCAUCUUUUCCCGAAAAUUUCACCAUCCUUACAACUCACGAAAAGAAAAAGAAAUUUUGUAUUUCUUACCCUAACGCGAUUUUAAACGCUAUGGUUAAAGAAUACUUUACAAACGACCAAUACCACGAAUUAGUUAAUCCUGAAACUUUAGAGUACAUUCAAAAAAGUGAAAAUUCAAUUUUCUUUGAAGUGGAUGGACCUUACAAAGCCAUGGUUCUACCCGCAUCUAAAGAGGAAGGAAAAAAAUUAAAAAAACGUUAUGCUGUCUUUAAUUUCGAUGGAUCAUUAGCCGAAUUAAAAGGUUUUGAAGUAAAACGUAGAGGUGAAUUACAAUUAAUAAAAAAUUUCCAAUCGUCCGUAUUUGAGGCGUUUUUAAAAGGUGAUUCUUUGGAGUCUUGUUACGCCUCAGUAGCUCAAAUAGCAAAUUAUUGGUUGGAUGUUUUAUAUUCGCAUGGUAAACACAUGCCUGAUUCUGAAUUGUUCGAUUUAAUUUCGGAAAAUAGGUCGAUGUCGAAGAAAUUGGAGGAGUAUGGUGCUCAAAAAAGUACUUCGAUAAGCACCGCGAAACGACUGGCUGAGUUUUUAGGUGAUCAAAUGGUUAAAGAUGCUGGAUUAGCGUGUAAAUAUGUUAUUUCGAGGAAACCUGAAGGUGCACCAGUCACAGAAAGAGCAAUUCCCUUAGCUAUAUUCCAAACUGAAGCGGCUGUUCAAAAACAUUUUUUAAGAAAAUGGUUAAAAGAUAAUUCACUUUCUGAUAUUAAUAUAAGGGAUGUUCUAGAUUGGGAUUAUUAUAUAGAAAGAUUGGGAGGUACCAUACAAAAAAUUAUUACAAUUCCAGCCGCAAUGCAAGGUAUUUCAAAUCCAGUUCCAAGAAUUCGCCACCCAGAUUGGCUUCAUAAACAAGUAUUAGAGCGAAAUGAUACUCAUAAACAAAGACGUAUAGAUGAUAUGUUUCAAAUUUGUCCAAAACCCCAAAACACUUCAAUGUCAGUAGAUAUCGAAGAUACAGCUUCUUCUUCUUUAUCAUCUACAUUUAAAAGACCUGUGGCGACUGUAAAGAAACGAAAACGAAGACCUGAGAAUGAGUUUGAAGAUGUUGAUUUAUCGAAAAGUUGGAAAGAAGUUCUUGGGAAUCCGCCACCUAUAGGAACAACAAGAGAAGAACAAAUGGAAUGGUUGCAAUUUCAAAAAAAAAAGUGGAGGUAUCAGAUUUAUCAGAAAAAUAAUGGCGUUCAAAAAACGAAGCGACAAAAACACAGUGUGGUGAGAACGUCGCAGAAUAUAUUGGGUUCGUUUUUACAUAAAGCUCAACGGACGCUGGUUAUGUGCCCAUGGCAAAUUAUUCAAAUUGCUUCGACUUCAACUCCAGGGGAAUAUAAAUUGUGGGCACUUGUUGAAAACGAAUUGCACAUGGUUAAGCUACUCGUCCCUAGAAUAUUUUAUGCUAACUUACGAGUUCCCAAAUGUGCUGAUGAAGGUGCAAUUUUCAAGAAAUGUAAUCGCACUCUACCAAGAUCUAGACCAAGUUAUAAUUUGUAUAUGUACACUGUACCUGAAGAAACCUAUCAAGAAUUUGGAAAGAAAAUGUAUGUUGACUUGACAAACGCUGAUGUUGAAGGAGUUUAUGAAACUCAAGUACCGCCAUUAUACCGAGUACUUCUACAACUAGGUUGCGUUUGUAAAGUUCUCCCAGGAAAACAAAACUUAGAAUCAUUCAAUUUAAACGAGCUCGAAUUAAUAAGCAUAGCGAAACAACCAUAUCUACCAAAAAACUCAUUAAAACACAUUUAUUUCUAUCAACAUCGCGCUAGUUCUGGACCAAAACAAAUUUUAGCAUUAUUUUUAUCACCGUUAAAAAAAGCCUUCAUUUUCGUAGUUGAUACCGUCAAAACGAAUUUAUUACCAAAUUUGAGCAGUUUAUAUCAAACGGAAAGAUCGUCAAAACUUGAGAGAAACGUCGAAGAAGAUUUAUUACCACCAACAAAUAUUAAUUUUGAAAUUAAAAUUGAGGUUGAUAUUAAUCAAGUUUACAAACAGAUUCAAAAAGCUUUAUUAGCUUAUAAAGAAGCGAAAAUGGGACCGACUUUAUUAGCCGUUCAAUCGUGCGAUGAUGUUCAUAAUUUAAUAAACCACAUUCCAGGUUGUACCGAUUUUCCUGUUGCUCAAAUUCACGUAAAAGAUAUCGAUGAUUUAUAUAAUAAAUUAAAUUGGCAAACGGUCGGCGCAAAAACGUUCAUUAAACAUUAUUUAAAUAGCGAAAGAGUUCUUGAGUUGAUGACCGAACAAUGUCGUUAUUUUCAUCUUCCUCUGGGUAAUAUGUCCGCGGAUACAGCAAUUUUCGGCGCAGAUCUUUUCUUUGGAAGACAUCUAAUGAAACAUAAUCAUCUUUUAUGGUGUUCACCAAGUGAUCGCCCCGAUUUAGGUGGUAGUCAAGAAUGUGAUGCUCGAUUAUUAGCUGAAAAUCAAGAAGGAUCAAGUGAAGUUUGUAAUAAUCCCGGUUGGUAUUCAAUGUCGAGCGUUGAAUUAGAUAUCGACAGUUUGGCUAUCUGUACGCUUUUGCAAGCACAUCAUGUUACUGAUAUUGAAGGAACCAGUACUGCGACCGCUUUUGAUGCUGCCACAACAACCUCUAUUGAUGAUAUGAUUUCUGGGACCAGUGUUACGGUUUAUGAUGAAACCGCACGAUGUGCUGAAGCUUUUAAAAUUUUACGAACAAUGGCUAGUACUUGGAUGAGAGACAUUUCUAUGCAUAGAAAUGUUUUUGCUGAUUUUCAAGUUAUACAUUUCUAUAGGUGGUUAAGGUCACCAAAAUCGCUUUUAUACGAUCCAGCACUUCUUAGAAAUCUCCAAAAUUUAAUGAAAAAAUUAUUCAUGCAGUUGGUGGCUGAAUUUAAACGAUUGGGAUCGACGAUUAUUUAUGCAAAUUUUAAUAAAAUCAUCGUAUCCACACGAAAGAGAACUGUUGGUGAUGCUGUUGCUAACAUCGAAUUUGUUGUGAAUUCAAUAAGAAAUAAGGAACUGUUUCAUUCGUUGGAAAUUUCUUACAGACAAUGUUGGGAACAACUCAUCUGGUUAGAUCCUGCGAAUUACGCAGGGAUUCAAGGUAAGCUUCCAGAUGAAGAACACAUCGAAGUUAAUAAUGAAGAAGAAGAAAACGAAGAACAAAACACUGGGCCUGUUGUUGUUAUGAAUUGGAAUAUAGCAGAACAACUUCCAGAGGUCGGUGGAUGUCGAAACAGUUUUAAUACUGUUAUAGCUGGUUAUAUCAAUGCAAUUCACAUGAAACUCAGUCAAAUUGAAAUUAAUCGUCAUUCUAUUGCGUUGAGUCAACCCAGUUUAGGGUUGGCGGCUUAUGACAGUGUUGUAGAAUUUGCCAAGGAGAUUAUUUCUGGAGAAAUUAGUCAAAAUUUAUUCAGAAUCACAGAAAAAGUAAGAGAUCGAGUACAAGUUCAAACUAAAAAUGGGCAAAACCCAGCUCUAGAAUUAAUAAAAUCCAUAUGUCACGUAUUAUCAUUAGAUCCAGCUGUGCAAGAAACCGUUCAAGUUCUUCGAAGUAAUUUACUACGAUUAAUUGGUGUUGGUGAAUUUUCCGAGAAAGCAACUUGGUCCGACCCAACUGUUUCUUACGUAAUUCCACAACUUAUAUGUAAAGCUUGUAAUCAUUGUCGCGAUGUCGACUUGGGUAGAGAUCCCCACAGAACGGAAUCGUCUUGGUUGUGCCCUUUAUGUAACACAGCUUAUGAUAACAUGGAAAUAGAAAAUUUACUGCUUGAUAUUGUAACCAGAAAAUUACUCGCUUAUAAUCUACAAGAUUUGCAAUGCAAAAAGUGCACCCAGAUUAAAUUGGAAAAUUUGAUAAAACAUUGUCAAUGUGCUGGGGAAUUUAGAGGAAUCAUACCACGCGAAGAAUUGAUUGAAUUAUUGAAGACAUUUUUACAUUUGGCAAAAGAAUACUCUAUGCAGGCUUUAGAGGAAACCAUAACGAAUAUUUUGAUUUUGGUUGGAAAUUAAUAAUAAAUCGAUGUGAUUUUAGAUUUAAGAAAAAAGAUCGUCGUUCCAUAAUUUUAA